GUUGACAAAAACAUUGUGUGGACUUAACAUGUUUACCAAAAAAAAAAAAACAUUGUGUGGAGAAUUUUUAUCAGCAAAAUGUCAUUGAAGUCUGGUGUGACUUGUCCCUUCCUUCGACAAAGUCAACUUGUCUUAUACCAAAUAUGUCAAUGUAAGUAAACACUUUAUGAAGAUUUUCAAGCUUGCAAUGAAUUUUGACGUUCAAAAUUGUGAGUGAGCAAUUUUUUUAUUGUAGAUGCAUCAAACACUAAGAUUUGAGGGUGAAUCUUCUCCGAUCCGAAAAGAAUUAUGCAAAGCAAAUAUUUAAAAUAUUCUAAAUACUUUAAUUAUUUUUAUUUAGUUAUUUUAUUCUUUAAAAAAAUUAUAGUAUUAGUUAUUGUUUAAUACUAGUUGAUAAUUAGUAGUUGGUGUCUAUUCUUUUAAUAUUAGGGUUUGAGUUCUAUAUAAAUAAUCAUCCUCUUGGUUUUGUAGAGGACUAGCUAUUAUUGAUUAUUAACAAAUAAAUUGUUUCUUCUUUAAACUCUUGUUGUAACUAGAAUUUGUGGAUUCUCAACGGAAUAAAAAAUUUUAAUCUCUUGGAUAUUCUAAAACUAAACGAUAGCUUUACAUAGCUUCCACUACACCACAUAAAGAAUAAUCGAUAGAAUCAAAGUUGGCGAUAAGAAAAUGCGAGGAAAUGGUCAUUUCUCAAGUAAGACUAUAUACAAAGUUGUUUUUUUUUUUGCAACACAAAGGUUUUUUAUUUAACUUAUACUACUUUUUUUUUAAUUUUAACAUUUUAGAUCUUUUAGUCUAUUAAAUGAAAAACACACUAACAAAGUAACCUUGAUUUCGGGUGAAAUUUAUACAAUUAAUUUGUCAUUAAAAAUUGGGGGCCCUUAAAAAUUACACUAAUUUUAGAAUGAUAUACAACUAUGACUUCAAAUUAUUUGAUUCUCAUGUUCAUUUUAUUAACCGGUGAAAUUUAUGUGUGGUAUACGCUGUUAUGUUGAUCUAACCAAAAAUGAUUUACACAACAUAUUAUUUUGUUGGUUUGAAUAUUGAAGGGGCCAUAUUAGCAAAUACAUACUAUAUAAAAACACUGUAAAAUCAUGACCAACUUAUUAUUUUGCUGCAUAAAAUGAAAAUAACAUCCGCGCAAAUGAGUGGAUCAAAUUUUAAUUUUUUAUUUAUUUCCAUAUAAUCAUUCAACAUUGAUUCACCUUUUAUUAAACUUUUAUAUUAUACAAUGAUUUUGUUUUAAAAAAUUUACAUCAUAUUUUAACAUUGUAUUGCGAAUUAUUCUUAUAUAUUUUUUGUAAACACAUAAAAUAUGUUUAGUUGCAUAAUUAAGUGUUUCCUGAAAAAUACUAUAUAAAAAUAUUUUUCUAUGUUCAAAUUGUAAAUAAAGUUUCUAGUUGAAAAUGAUGUAUAUUUUAUUUUAAAAAUUGUAAAAAUUGGAAUGUGUAAAAAAUUAAAAAUUUCAUCAUUCAUUUAUAAUUUAACACUUAUAUUAACCUUUAUUUUAUUUUUUUGAGAAAAAAGUUUGUGGAUCUUCAUACAUUUAUUUGAGUUGAUUGAUAUAUAAUUGUCCACAUCAAUAGUGCCCCGUUGUUUUCUCCUCGGACGAAUCUUUUUUUUAUCCACUUUGUUUUGUUUGAUUUUUUCAAGACCACCAUUAAUACAUUAAUUAUACUUCGUCUACAAAAUGCGAGGAAGGUAGAGAGGAAAUGAAAAAAAUUCAUGGCCGUACACGCCUUCACAAACACGACUAAAUCUAUAAAAGUGUCAUUCAAAUUGUUUUUUAAAAAAGACUAUAAAGGGGGGCUAAUUCGCUUGUUGACAAAAAUAAUACUAAUAGAAAACUCACUUGAGAGAAUCAUUAAAAUGCCUUCUAUUACAGCAACUACCUCCCUCAGGAACUACGAUGUCUUUCUGAGUUUCAGAGGACUCGACACUCGCCGCAACAUCGUCAGCUUUCUCUACAAAGAGCUUGUUCGGAAGAACAUUCGUACUUUCAAAGACGACAAGGAUCUUGAGAGUGGUCGGAUGAUUCCGCUGGAGCUCGCACGCGCCAUCGAACAGUCGAAACUUGCCGUAGUUGUGAUCUCCAAGAAAUACGCAGCGUCCACUUGGUGCCUCGAAGAGCUCGUCAAGAUAAUGGAUUUCGUCAACAAGGGCUCCCUCACCGUGAUUCCAGUCUUCCACAACGUGAAUCCCUGUCACGUGAGGAGACAGAUCGGUCAAGUCGCCUUACAGUUUAAGAAGCAUGAGAAGAGAGAAGAUCACGAGAAAGUCCUCUCCUGGAGGCAAGCAUUGACCACUCUGGCGAAUAUCUCCGGCUAUUGUUCAAGGAAAAGCAAAGAUGAAUCGACGAUGGUCGAAAACAUUGCUGAGAAGAUAUCUAUGUUGAUUCGUACAAGGAAAACAAGAAGCAAUGAGAGGACUGAUGGGCACAUGGAAGACAAGCAGCUUCUUGUUUCUGCCCGCAUAAAGCUUGUUUACGAAGUAGAGCUUCUGAGGUUCGGGAAGGGUUAGGUUGUCUUGGUGUUAUAUCUGGUUAGGGGAAAGUGUAAAUCAUUU